AUUGAUUCUCCCGGUUGAUAUUUCCGGUCAUUCCUCAUUCCUACAUCAAACCCAAACAACAUACACAAGAUGUCCAAGACAAUCAUCGUAACCGGUGCCUCGCGAGGCAUCGGUCUCGCCAUAACCAAGUACCUCCUCUCGGCACCGCAAUCGCACAACGUCGUGGUCAUCGCCCGCAGUCGCGAGCCGCUGCAGAAGCUCAAAGACGAAUACACCAAGCAGGUGGAGAUCCUGAGCGGCGAUCUCGCGGACUUCUCGCUGGCCCAGCAGGCCGUCGACCUGGCUCUCAAAUCCUUCGGCCGGCUAGACGGCAUGGUGCUGAACCACGGGAUCCUGGGCCAGGUCGGCAAGAUCGCCGAUGCCGACCCCGAGCAGUGGAAGCAGGGCUUUGAUGUGAACUUUGUUAGCUUGGUUGCUUUUGUCAAAGCCGGUCUUCCCGCGCUGCGGGAGUCCAAGGGAAAGAUCAUCUUCACCUCGUCUGGCGCGUCGGUGUCGGCGUACCGUGGCUGGGGCCUCUACGGGUCGACCAAGGCCGCCAUGAACCACCUGGCGCUGAGCCUCGGCGAGGAAGAGCCCGAUGUCACGUCCGUUUCGAUUCGACCGGGCAUGGUCGACACCAACAUGCAGCGCGAGCUCCGUGAGGACCACAAGACCUCGCUUGAGCCGCAGGUGUACGCCAAAUUUGCUACAGUCCACAAGGACGGGAAGCUACUGAAGCCCGAGCAGCCGGGUCAUGUCAUGGCCAAAUUGGUUCUGGACGCGCCGCGUGAAUUGACCGGCAAAUUUCUUUCAUGGAACGACCAGGUAUUGGAUGCCUUUCAAGCGUAGACUACGGAUUCCUGCAGAAGACAAUUAGCUACUGCGGUGGACAAUGUAGAUAGAUUGCAUAGACGGUGAAGGGCAUAUUAAUCAGUUGAAAGAUGAAAAGCAGUUACAUUUAGAAGCAUUAGGCGCAGAGCACCUUCAUGUUUAGCAUGGAAUGUAAUUUUC